GACGCCAUAUAACCGUAAAUAAAAUGUGUUGAGUGCGUCGUUAAAUAAAACAUGUCCUUCUUAAAAAUUGAGCUCUACUGCAAUAAAACACUGGCGUAUAAGGGAGUAUUGUCUAUUUUCCCAUUCAUGUCUAUAUUACAAGUGUAUAGCUCUCCAUCUAUGAUAUAACAAGAUAGGUAUCCACCAGUCCUUAGGUGUCUAAAAAAGGGUAGGCGGGGCUGAAUCAUGAUAACAGCCUUCAAAAUCAGCGUCCUUGCCCAUGCCAGCUAUAUAUUUAGCCUUGUGCAGGGUUGUUACAGGUAGAGGGUCAGUAUCCAGUUGGAUUUAUUUUUUCUUCCAAUUUUACAAUUAGCUUUACAUUUAUAAUUCAUUGCAGACUUUCAUGUACCAUCAUAUUACUAGUUUUUCAAUAAUUAGUGUAAAUAUGAAGUAGUCACAUAGGAAAAUAAGACAUUUACCAUUAUAUAGUAUCUUGUAAUUCACUUGCUGUUUCUAUGAUAAAAUAUAAUAAUAAAAUCUACUGUGUAUCAUAUAGGUGUUAAUGAAGUACAUGUAGGUGAGGAUGGAAUGGCUAUAAGGGGUAAAGGAGGAGGCCAUUCAUUAAAUUAAACAGCUAUUAAAUAUCUGUCUUAUAGUAUGUUAUGUUAUAAUUUAAUACAAUAUUUUGUUAAAAUCUUAUAGAUGGUGGACAGAUUUCUUCAGUUCAAACCUUGAAAUGUUGACUCUAGGUGCUGUCAGACUUCCAGGCUGGUAUCAGAAAGGCUCCCAAUGAAACAAAAAACUGUGAAGCUGAUCAACUACAUGUACGAAGAUCCACCGUCUUGAAUGCAACAUGUCAAACAGUGAUGAUCAGUGUGUCGAAGAGGUCUCGGCAAAACAUUGUGAAAACAUCCCAGAUCAUUCUUGUGAAAAACCUUUCCAAUGUGGGAUGUGCUUAAAGUGUUUCUCUCACAAGCCUUACAUUAAGCAGCAUAUGAGGAUCCACAUUGGUAAACGACCAUAUCAGUGUGAGGUGUGUAGAAAGUGUUUUCUUUGGAAUACUUCCUUGAAACAGCAUAUGUUGAUUCACACUGGAAUUAAGAAUUUCAAAUGUGAGGUGUGUGCAAAACGUUUCUCAUAUCCUUCUAGCUUGAAAGCUCAUAUGUUGUUUCACAGAGCCGUUAAACCUUUUAAAUGCGAGGUCUGUGCAAAAUGUUUCUCUCGGAGUUCCCAAAUGAAAAGACAUAUGCUCAAUCACACUGAAGUUAGCCCUAUCAAAUGUGAAUUAUGUUCAAAAUAUUUCUCUUGUCGUUCUGGUUUGAAACGGCAUAUGUUGAUUCACACUGAUGUUAAGCAUUUUAGUUGUGAGGUUUGUGCAAAAUGCUUCAAAACACGUUCCAACUUAAAAACUCAUAUGGUCAUCCACACUGGAGUUAGGCCUUUCAAAUGUGAGGUGUGUGCAAAAUGUUUUUCACUAAAAUUACACUUGAAACAGCAUAUGGUCAUUCACACUGGAGUUAAGCCUUUUAAGUGCGAGGUGUGUGCAAAAUGUUUUUCACUAAAAUCUUACUUGAAACAGCAUAUGUUGAUUCACACUGGCGUAAAGCCUUUUAAGUGUGAGGUGUGUGCAAAAUGUUUUUCUUCGAGAUACAACUUGAAAGAACAUAUGCUAGUUCACACUGGGGUUAUGCUUUUUAGUUGUGAUAUAUGUGCAAAACGUUUCACUCAGAAGAAAUACUUGGAAAAACAUGUUAUAAUUCACACUGAUGUCAAGUCUUUUAGAUGCGAGGUUUGUGCAAAAUGUUUCAAAUUAAGUUCCAAGUUGAAAGUACACAUGCUAGUUCACAGUGGUGUUAAAACUUUUAGUUGUGAGGUGUGUGCAAAAUGUUUUUCACAAAAUUCUCACUUGACAAGACAUAUGUUGAUUCACACAGGUGUUGUACGCCUUUUAAGUGUGAGGUGUGUGCAAAAUGUUUCUCAUCGAAGUCAUACUUGAACAGGCAUACGUUGGUUCAUUCUGGUGUUAAGCCUUUCACAUGUGAGGUGUGUGCAAAAUGUUUCUCAUGGAAUUGGCAAUUGAAACGGCAUAUGUUGAUUCACACUGACGUGCAGAAAAUCGAGGGGGAGUAGUUAAAA